AUGCAGAAGCUUGAGACAAAAAGGAAGCGCAUUCCUGGAACGAGAGAGCUUCUUACGCAAAUUAAACAGAUUUCCGAAGAUAUUGGCUCUUUGGAGACAGAAAUAAAAGCAUGCCAUGAUAAGAUAAACGCCAUAAUAGCACAGGAAAAGAGUAACUCUCCUAAGGCAAAGAUUUUAAGUGAGCUAAAGGAAGCAAAGGAUGUAGUAGAGAAGAUCAGAGCAGAAAGAAAAAACUAUCAAUACCUUAUUAAGGAUGCGGUAGGCAAGAUUGAGUCACUCAAAGGUGCUACAUCCUGGGUCCAAGGCGGAUACGAUUCUAUUGAUAAAAUUAAUAGAAAAUUAGAAGAUCUUGAGCUUAAACUGAUAUCAACCAGUAUUUCUGCAAAGGAGGAGAGUGAGAUUGCAGCCAGCAUGGCAAGCUUAAAAACCCAGAAGAGCAAGCUCUCGGAGAUGGAGAAUAACAGCAAGACCAUUGAGGCACUUGAAGUGUCGAUAAAGGAAUUCAAAAAGAAACUUAGUGAGCUGGGCAAUGAGCUUGGAAAAAAGCUUGUGGUUAUUGAUUCACUAAAAGCAGAUCUUGAUAAGCUUGCUGAGAGCUCGAAAGUCAAGUCGCCAGAGAUUAUUAAACUUAAGAAUAGGAUUGCCUCUCUUGAGGCACAGAAGUCGGAGCUAUCCAAAGUUAGGAAUGCUAAGAGGGAGGAGAUCCACGUGAUGGAAGAGGAGUAUUCCAAGUUUGAGGUAGAAUUAAUGGUCCAGAAAUCGCUUGAAGAGCAGAAGGAUGGCAUCAGAAAGACCAUCAAUGCACUUAAGGUAGAAAAGGAGAGCCUGCUAAAUGAACAGAGUGCAUAUGAUCCCAAGAUGUAUGACUCUUUGAUAUAUUCCAUUAAUAAAGUGAAAAAAUCAGGUGUAUUUUCACUAGAUAUUGAUUUGGUAACACACCUGAUGAAAAAUGAAAUACCGAUUCCAAAUAGCAUUGAGUCCCUAGAUAAGACUAUUGAGCUUCUCAACAAGAAGAAGGCAGAAAGCCAGCAGUCGUUUGAUGAGAAGCGAGGGAAAAUAAGCGCAUUUGUUGCCGAUAUUGACUCUAAGAUCGGAGCUGAGGUUGAGAAGCUUAAUGCACUGCCAGCUACGAACUUUGAAGUUUUGAGGAAAGGCGGAUUCAAGCCAGCUUCUAAAAGUAAAACUUAA